CAGCGACACAGUAUUAAGCAGUCGUGUGCCGUCUUCGGUAGUAUCAAUUAUUCCGAAUCAGUAUUCUUGAAGAUCUCAAAAUUUUUCCCAAAGUUGGAAGUCGACAUUGUUGAAAACAAUUGAGACAUCUAUAAAAUCAGAUAUAAAUUUUUUAUACAGAUAUUGUAGAAUUGGAAUUUUGUCACAAUGCGUACAGCGUUAUUUGCAAUCAUCAUCGCUAAUAUAAUAUGUGCCUUUGAUGCCUUUUUGGACGAAUCAUUUUACAGCAUGAUUAAUACACAAAUAUUCACUAAUAUAUCUACAGCGAUUGUAACAUAUGUAGAAUUAAAAGAAACCUUCAGUCAAAAUGAACCAUCAUAUAUAGAUAAACAUGUAAUGGGAAACAAAGCAUUUAGUAAUAUAGAUCUAGGAAUGAUAACGACUUUACUUGCAAACGGUGCUGAAGAAGGACCGACAAAAAAUGAAUUAUUAUCUUUUUCGAAUGUUGGUGAUCUAACAUCUCUAAAUGAAAGAUAUCUAACUGAUUAUAUAUUUUUAAAUAAUCUUGAAAAUAUCGAAAUAUAUAUAGGAACUACAAUAUAUGUUCAAAAUUCAAUUGAUCUGACAUCCAAUUUUUCAUCAAUAUGCAAAUAUAAACUUCAUUGUUCGAUUUCAAAAUUAGAUUUCAGAAAUAACAUACAAGCUGCAGAAAUUAUAAAUUCAGGGGUCCAAGAAACAACAAAUUAUCAGAUAUUAGACAUAAUUACUCCAGAUAAUGUCGACGAGAAUGCACAAAUUAUGUUGGUAAAUACUGUGUACUUUAAUAUUAGAUGUCCAAUCGUAAGUGGAACAAUACUGGAUCGCAAAUUUUAUGCUUCUCCAUCAAAUUAUUAUUUUGUACCAACAAUUAAAUUUGAAAAAUCGACAUACUUUCAUGGUGAAAUAAAACAUUGGGAUACCAAGUUUAUUGAAAUUCCAUUUUUGAAUGACAACGUUGUAAUGAUAAUACUUUUGCCAAAUGAAGAAAAACCUGAGAGUCUGAAUUAUCUGCUUAAAAAAUUUAAUUUGGAAGAAUUUCAAUCAAUUAGAACUGCAAACGCAUAUGAUAAAGAUAUAGAAUUAUAUUUACCCAAGUUUACGAUUUACUAUAUUCAAAAUAUGACAAAUUAUUUUCGUGAUAAUGGCGCAACUACGAUGUUUGAGGAUGAGGCAGAUUUUACACGUCUCUCAAAAAUUCCUCUAAAAGUGAGCAAUAUUGCUCAAAAGUUUCAUGUGAGGAUUCGCAAAGACGCAGAAACUUUAGAAGUUGUCGAAAAGGAAGACAGAAAACUGAUAAGCCCGCUACGAAAUUUCAUCGUAGAUCAUCCGUUUAUGUACAUAAUCGAAAUAAACGGAGUAUUAGAGUUUAUUGGAGCCAUUCGAGAAGCAGAGCUUAUAAUUAUAAAAGAAGAAUUAUAAAUAUUAUUACAAGUUAUAAAUUAUUUUAAAUUAUAAAUUUUGUUACAUUCUUAUGUUUAUUGAAAGUUUAUAUCACACAAUAUAUUUUCUCAAAUUAUUGAGAAUUAUUACUCAAAUUAUUUUUAUCAUAUUAUGUAUAUAAAACUCAAAUUAUUUUUAU